GCAGAGUUGCCCAUGUUCUUUCCAGCGAGGGGAUGUCGGUGGGUGCUCCCCCCCACUGACCUGCUGUCUCGCAGGCGGUACUCAAGGGAUGCCGAGGGCAGCUGGUUCCGAUCCCUCUUCGUGCACAAGGUGGACCCCCGCAAGGACGCCCAUUCCAACCUUCUCUCCAAGAAGGAGACCAGCAACCUCUAUAAGAUUCAGUUUCACAAUGUGAAGCCGGAGUGCCUGGAUGCCUACAACAGCCUGACAGAGGAGGUGCUCCCCAAGCUCCACUCAGAUGCUGACUACCCCUGCGACCUGGUGGGGAACUGGAACACAUGGUACGGCGAGCAGGACCAGGCAGUGCACCUCUGGCGCUUCUCGGGCGGGUACCCGGCCCUCAUGGACUGCAUGAACAAGCUCAAGCAGAAUAAGGAGUACCUGGACUUCC